CAAAUGAGGCGCCGAAUGCUAAUAGCGGCCGCUGACAGGCCCGACUUCCAGUUUCCUGUCGCCGCACCGUCUCUUAGCAACGGCCCCCUCCCUUGCUGGCGGCGCGAUGACGAUGUCUCGCGAGAACUCCUGGCUGCAAACCGCCCCGUGAUCCUUUGCGCCGCCUCUUUGCGCCGGUGCUCCGCCAUGGGUAUCUCCAGGGACAACUGGCACAAGCGUCGCAAGACUGGGGGCAAGAGGAAGCCCUACCACAAGAAGAGGAAGUAUGAGCUGGGGCGGCCUCCUGCCAACACUAAGAUUGGUCCACGCCGUAUUCAUACAGUGAGGGUUCGUGGUGGUAAUAAGAAAUACCGUGCCCUUCGAUUGGAUGUUGGCAACUUCUCCUGGGGCUCUGAAUGCUGCACUCGCAAGACCAGAAUCAUUGAUGUUGUCUACAAUGCUUCCAACAACGAGCUGGUGCGAACCAAGACCCUGGUGAAGAACUGCAUUGUUCUGGUUGACAGCACGCCGUACCGGCAGUGGUAUGAAUCCCACUAUGCCCUGCCCCUUGGGCGCAAGAAGGGAGCCAAGCUGACACCUGAGGAAGAAGAAAUCUUAAACAAGAAGCGUUCUAAGAAGAUCCAGAAGAAAUACGACGAGCGAAAGAAGAAUGCCAAGAUAGCCAGUAUUCUUGAGGAGCAGUUCCAGCAAGGAAAGCUGCUGGCGUGCAUUGCCUCCAGACCUGGACAGUGUGGCCGAGCUGAUGGCUACGUGUUGGAAGGCAAGGAGUUAGAGUUCUACCUGAGGAAGAUCAAGGCCAGGAAAGGCAAAUGAAAAUCCAACUAUAUCAACUAUUCUUCUGAAAGAGCCAAUAAAUGCCCCAGUGUCCUCUAAUAAA